AUGCACCCUCGUGGCCUAGACAGGGCAAUCAGUUUCCGCCUUCGCUCAGGCUACGCAAGCGUGAGUCAGGCCACAAGUGCUGCCUGGGACGACAAGCCGGAGCCUGGACAGCUCGACCCGAUGCUGGCCAGACUGAAGCCGCUUCUGCUCGUACCUCGGUUGGUACUGGCGACAGCACACAGACACGGUGAGAGGCGAGCGCUAGGAUUGGCUGUGGCCGCCGCCAGGCCCAACAACGCGACGGUCAUUGGCUUGACCGCGGGCCGGCGUCACGUGAGACGGUCAGACGAGCGGCCGCUUCAAACGGAUCGGCGCCACGCUAAUGACGAGCAGGGGGGGAGGGUGGUGCGGGGUGCGGGGUGUGGGACGGAGAGGCAGCAAAGAGGACGGUUUGGUCGAGCCGAGAAACGGUCGAGUGAGCAAGCCGGCGCGUCGGAGUUCGCUUCAGACCCCGUUGACUCAACCGCCUCGAAGGCAGCCGGACUGUAG